AUGCAGGGGGAGGCGGGCACGGGUAGGAGCGCGGGGUCCCGCGGGCAGGAGUCCCCGCCGCGGCGAGGCGCCCCCAGCACAAAGCCCGGGGCGGGCCGGGGCCGGACUGCGGGGACCCCGACUGCCUUCGUCCGUCCCGCCCGGGGAAGGCCGCGCGGGAGGAAUGGGCUCCCGUUCAAGGGCCAGCGAGGAGCGGUGACGACGGGGCCUGAGAACCGAGCUCUGCCUUCCAGAGGCCCUGCGCUUCUCCAGGACAGGAGGCAGAAGCAGGAGGCCGCGGGGACAGGACCUGAACUGAAAGCCUUGUCUCGGAGCUUGGUGACGUUCGGGGAUGUGGCCGUAGAUUUCUCCCAAGAGGAGUGGGAGUGGCUGAACUCGGCUCAGAGGAACCUGUACAGGAGUGUGAUGUUGGAGAACUACAGGAACCUGGCCUCUCUGGGACUCUGCGUUUCCAAGCCCGAUAUGAUCUCCUCGUUGGAACAGAGGAAAGAGCCCUGGAUGGUGAAGAGAAGGCUGACAAGAGGCCGGGGCCCAGAUUUGGAGGCAGGGCCAGAGACCAAGGAAUUAGCCGCGAAGAAGGACAUCUGUAAAGAAAAGUUGUCCCAGGUGGUGAUCAUGGAGAGACUCACAAACCACAGUCUGGAAUGCUCCAUAUUAGGGGAAGACUUGGAUUAUGGUGCUCUGCUUGAGAGGCCGCCGGGCUUGGUGACCAUCACGAACAUGGCCGUAGACUUCUCCCAGCAGCUGGACCCAGCUCAGAAGAGUUUCUGUAAGAAUGUGAUGUGGGAGAAUCGUAGUGACCUGGGGUCCGUAGGUCAACAAUCUAUACAUGAGACCCAGGAAUUAUUUCUAAAGCAGGAUUCAUUUGCUGAAGUAACAGACAGAACUUCAAACACUAAUUUGGAGUGUUCCACUUUCAGAGAAAAUUGGGAUUCUGAGGGUGUGUUUGAAAGGAAGCUGGUAGGUCAGGAGACACAAUUCAGGCAAGAGACAAUCACUCAUAACAAGAUGCUCUCGAAGGAAAGAGAACAUACUUUUAACAAAUCUGGAAGAUGGUUUCAUUUGGACAUUUCAGAAGAGAGAGUUCAUAAUCAUGAUUCAGUUAAGAAAAAUUUUCCCAAAAAUUCAGUGGUAAUAAGACAUACAGGAAUUUAUGCAGGAAAAAAACUUUUCAAAUGUAAUGAAUGUAAGAAAACUUUUACCCAGAGCUCAUCCCUUACUGUUCAUCAGAGAAUUCAUACUGGAGAGAAACCCUAUAAAUGUAACGAAUGUGGAAAGGCCUUCAGUGACGGCUCAUCCUUUGCUAGACAUCAGAGAUGUCACACUGGCAAGAAGCCUUAUGAAUGUAUUGAAUGUGGGAAAGCCUUCAUACAGAACACAUCCCUUAUACGUCAUUGGAGAUAUUACCACACUGGGGAGAAACCCUUUGAUUGCAUCGAUUGUGGGAAAGCCUUCAGUGAUCACAUAGGACUUAAUCAACAUAGGAGAAUUCAUACUGGAGAGAAACCCUACAAAUGUGAUGUAUGUGACAAAUCCUUUAGGUAUGGCUCAUCCCUUACUGUGCAUCAAAGGAUUCAUACUGGAGAAAAACCAUAUGAAUGUGAUGUUUGCAGAAAAGCCUUCAGCCAUCAUGCAUCACUCACUCAACAUCAAAGAGUACAUUCUGGAGAAAAGCCUUUUAAAUGUAAAGAGUGUGGGAAAGCUUUUAGGCAGAAUAUACACCUUGCUAGUCAUUUGAGGAUCCAUACUGGGGAGAAGCCCUUCGAAUGUGGGGAAUGUGGUAAAUCCUUCAGCAUCAGUUCACAGCUGGCUACUCACCAGAGAAUUCAUACUGGAGAGAAGCCCUAUGAAUGUAAGGUUUGUAGUAAAGCAUUCACCCAGAAGGCUCACCUUGCACAGCAUCAGAAAACUCAUACGGGAGAGAAACCAUAUGAAUGUAAGGAAUGUGGUAAAGCCUUCAGCCAAACCACACACCUCAUUCAACACCAGAGAGUUCAUACUGGAGAGAAACCCUACAAAUGUGUCGAAUGUGGGAAGGCCUUUGGUGAUAACUCAUCCUGUACUCAACAUCAGAGGCUUCACACUGGCCAAAGACCUUAUGAAUGUAUUGAAUGUGGGAAGGCAUUCAAGACAAAGUCAUCCCUUAUUUGUCAUCGCAGAAGUCAUACAGGAGAAAAACCUUACGAAUGCAGUGCAUGUGGCAAAGCCUUUAGCCAUCGCCAGUCCCUUAGUGUACAUCAGAGAAUUCACUCUGGAAAGAAACCAUAUGAAUGCAAAGAAUGUAGGAAAACCUUCAUCCAAAUCGGACACCUUAAUCAACAUAAAAGAGUCCACACUGGAGAGAGAUCCUACAACUACAAGAAGAGCAGGAAAGUCUUCAGGCAGAGCGCACACCUUGCUCACCCAAGAACUCAUAAUGGGGAGGCAACAGCACGCCCGUCUUUCCCUUCCACAUCGAGUCCUGUGGAUCUUCUCCCCAGGUUCCUCUGGGGUCCGCCGUCACUGUCGUCCCCCUAG